AUGGCUCAAUCGGAGAUAUCUUUGUUCGCCGAGCAACUGGACGAGCUCUGUGGGAGGAGCAUGUCGCCCCGCACAGGCCUUUGUCGCCAUUCAGGACUCUCGAGCCGCAGCAACUCUUCGAUCGUCCGAGGCAGGCGGUCCCGUGACGCCCCCCAGACCCGCCGGAAGAACCGCUGGAGACGGAGUCCGGAAAAACGCGCCGCCUGGAUGGAAGCUGUCUCUUCUCCGACAGCGGGUGCAUGCGAAGCUGCGCUUAUCAGCUGCAACAGCUUCAACAGCUACCGAUUGGCAACCGUCAUCCCACCGGAGCCUGGGCGCGGCACGUGGGAAGGAGAUGAUUUGCAAGAUGGCCCAGCAGCCAGUCGGUCCCUGCGGAGGCUCCCACCAGGCAGUCGGCGACGAAACAUUGUAGGUGCGGAGGUUUCCACAAGGCCGCUCUUGUCUACUGCGGAACUCGUCGCCUUGUUAAAUGCCCGAACGAGCGGUAACGUCGCUUCGCUCGCGAGCAGAGAGGGCGACCGUGGCUUCUGUGUGGCUGACUCUGGCGCACCGGAGCGCCGGAGCUUUAGUUCGAGUCUCCACAAGGCCUCGUGUGGACAGGACUUGGCUUUCGCGGCCGAAGCGAGGAACUUGGAAAUGCGUGGAGAUUCCUGCACAGACGUCCGUGCUUCGAAGGGUGAGGCGAUGGCCGGAUCAGAUCUCGAGUACCCGUUCUCUCCGCAGACUCCCAUUUCGGCGGCGCUCGCGACGGGCAUUCUCACUGAGGCUGCAGCGGCUGCAGCCAAAGAGGGGGCCGAAGCUGUUCAGUUGGCGCGAGACGCGCUGGGGGGAGCUGUCUUCAGGCAGGCCGUCGCCGAGGCGAAGGCUGAGGAAGAACAGCGGCAUCUGCUCCGACUCCUAGCCCAGCAAGCGGAGGAGCAAGCAGCUGUCGCGCGCGAGCUCGAGAGCCUCCGCAACAGUCAGAAGGCCCUGGCGCACCAACAACAGGAGCUUCAACUGAAGCAAGAUCUUCUCCAGCGACAAGGAGCUGCAAGCUUGUAUGCGCAGCUCCAGCGGGAACGCGAGAUCUUGGAGGUCCAGCACGCGAAGCUUCAGGGGUUCACAGAGUUGCAGCUGAAAAAGGCGACUGCUGCCCAGGCGCCAGAGACUGGGACGGGUCCGCAGCUGCUUUGCACGCAAAAACAAAAACUGCCAUCCCCACUUGCCUCCCCUCCUUCGUCGCCUGUCUACAGCAGCCCUGUGUCGCGCGCGUCCAGCCCCGUGGGAGGCGGUGACCCCGCGACAGCCACAACCCAAGGUGCGGCAACGACGAGGCUCCCCUCUAGCCCCGUGCUCUCAUCUGCCGGUAAACCGGAUCCUGCUCCAGCCCUCAAGUUCUCUGGGGCGCCUCGAUUUUUGUCUCCAGAUGCUGCGCAGCAGCCUGACCCUGCGUUUGUGGACGCUCACAAACCGCCUCCACCGAUGGCGCCUAUUACCCGAGUCUCGCCCCAGCCGGCCAGGCCUUCCGACGCGCUCGCUGCGGGCGCAAGUCCGGUGCGGGGCGCCUUGUUGGCCGCAGAGAAAGAACGGCUCAUCUGCGGUGCGCCGACAGAAAAGGGAGUGACAAGUCUCGCUUCAUCUCCGCCGGACGCGCCACGUGUGAGCUAUCCUGGGCAGCCGCCCUGCACAGCUGUCCAGCGCACAUGCCAGAGAGCGGGACAGGUGCGCAGAGUGGCGUCGCCGGCACGGUCUCCAUCUGACGUCGCCGGCUCCAUUCGGUCCAGCUCGAGGGCCCCCGGCCGACUUUGCGCGUCAGUCUGCUGCGGCGCAGUGCCCUCGACUGUCUCGUCCCCGCGCGGACCCAAGGAAUUCGUUGCCGCGUUCCCCGCGACGCUUCCCAUCUCGUCCACAGUCCGGUCGUCCUCAGUUCCCGUCGUCUCGUCGGUCGCUCUGGGCGAUGCCCACUCAGCAUCCCAGCACGGGACGCUCCCUGACGCGAGACCGCUUCAGGUGUCGGCGGUCUGGGCAUGCGAAGGCGGCAGAGUCGUCGGCAACCAGCAGGCGGCGUCAACCAAGGCGACGACGGUUUUGUCGUCCGCGGCAGCCCCUGUCCGAAGGGUGUAUUACCGCGCUGCACGACCCGCUUCCUGCGGGGCGAGAACGUCGAUUCGAGUUGUCGGCGGAUCCUCUGUUCCUGCGCCGUCUGCGGGACAACCAGUGGCAUACGUGGCGUAUCCGCCGCUGUUCCCGUUCGCGCAGCCGCAGUGGGUGCAUCCGCUCUCAGUGCCCAGCGUGGCUUCCGGUCCGGCGUGGCGGGUGAAUUCGGACUCUUACGUCCCCGUCUCAUCUCUUCCUCCAGCGCGGGCGGCAACAACAGGGAUGACAGCCGUGCAGCUAACUGCGGCGGCCAGUGAGUUUGGCGAACCUGAGAGCGAACGGCGCUUCUCCCCGCUUCGGGAUCACGGGGCGCCGUCGCUCCUCCGGACAGACAAGCGGCACGAUUCGCACGCGAGUGAACCGCGGCAGCCAGAAAACAGCACAACCAGCGGAACGGAGGGAUGGGUGAAGUUUGAAAGUGCCAAGGAGCCGUGGGAGCUCGAAGCGCCCACCGUGAGUGGGCGCGUUUUGGAACUUCGGCAUCAGCGCCAGCAGCUGCAACAGCAACGCCAAGCGCUCUGGCGGCAACACCUGCAGAGGGAGGAGGAAGAGCAGGCACGGGUCAAGCGUGAGGAAGAGGACUUGGCAUUUGUGAAGAGGGAGCAGAGGCCUCACCGGCGCCGACGUGACAAGGCGAACCGCGGGGAACGACGGACUGAACCGUCAGUCUCUGGCCAAGAGGCGACAGCCAGGAUGACGGAAAAACUGGACUCGCGAACCGCAACUGCAGGUGUACAGACAGUGCCGCUGACGGCGACGUAUGCAGGCGAUUCGCGCGGCGUUUCCCUUUCCGGUCGCGCGGCACCGGCCAAAUGUCACGGCAGGAAUGACCUAGCGUCAGUUGAAGGUGCACUCGAGGAUUGUCGGUGGCCUGGACAAGUUGGAAGCGUGAACGAGGGCGCGGGCGACGCACAACGGCAGACGCGCCUGGAGGCCUCGCCCGGCAACCCGUCCGACGUGUCCGCAGUCACCGCCGCGGCCGCUGCAGCCGCCGCUGAAGCAGCGCGGACGGCGGCGCGGCGAGCGGCGGACGGCGUGCAGGAGGCAGCCGCGGCGAUCCUGGAGCCCAUUCAACCAAUUCAAGAGCGGUUGGUGAAGCUCUUCAGCAGUCGCAGCCCCUCACGGCGUGAGACAGUGCGGCGGUACGUACACUCGCCCGCGCCUGUGGCGUACUACUACCCUGCAGUUGGAAUGCACCCAGCCAGUGGAUUUCAGGGAGGAACGCCGCUCUAUGCUUGGGGGGUGCCGCGUGUUGUUGGAGCUGAAGCAACGCAGUAG